GCUGCCCGUGGUCCAUGUGCCAUGUUCGGCUUGCUGGGGUUGGACCAGUUCACCCGCGCCGCCGCAGCAGUCUUCCGGUCUCACCAGUCGGAUGCCGGUGCCAAGGCGAAUGGCGCUGCAGAGGCUUGGGAUGUGGAUUUGGAGGCAGCGAGUUGGAGAUGCCAUGCGCCCGACCUGGCUGACGUUGAUCUAGAGGUGGGUGAGCAGUGGCGUGGCCGCCCCGUGUUGAAUGAUGCAGGCAGUUCUCUUCGUAGCAGUAGAGCAGGUAGCGGUGUGCGCCAUUGCCACAAAGCCAGAGCAGGUGCUCCGAGGCCGAAGUCGCUGGUCCGGGUGCGUCCCCAGCAUGGUGACUUCGAGGCUCCCAAGAUGCCCGUCAAGACACCUGCCUGCAGUACGCGGAGCUCCUCGAGAUCGCGGCCCGGAGCACCUCCGGCGGUGCCUGCGGCAGCUGCAUCCAGUGAUGCGGCGGAGGCCCCACAGGCAGCGGAGAAGGCAGCUGAACCCGAAGCCACUCCAGAGGAGGCUGCUUUGGAGCCUCAAGAGGAAGGAUCAGAAAGAGUCGAGGGACCUGCCAUGGAGAAGACUGGUGCAGCUGAGCCAUCAGCUAGUGCUCUUGAGGCACCCAAUCCUGAGGCACACACUGCUGAGGAAAGUGAUGUUGGGGAGGAGGCUGCUCCUGCGCAGGCACUUGCAGAAACGCUUGUUGCGGGGGAACUUGUGCAGGAAGUUGCAGAGGCAUCCGAAUUGUUGGAUCCACCGGGCAUCACGUCUGGGACAUAUGGCGGGUCAUCUGAGACAUUUGAGGAGCCGGAACCGCAAGAAGAAGGGCAGUCUGGCAAUGCGCUGGUAGGUGAUUUGGCCAAGCCGUGUGACAACCAAGCACCACAAAGCCCUGGUCCUGAGGCCCAGACCAUCACAGAGCCUGAGGCCACUGGGCCUGCAAUUCCGCCCCAUUUUCCUCGUUUCCUUCCCCGGAAAGAUGCUGGCUAUCCUGAUCAGGACCCUGCGGUGGUGCUCCCAGCCCCAACAGACGAAGAGAAGACCCCAAUCAAGGUGCCGCCCUUGGACGUGAAACCUCCAUCUGGGAAGCCUGGUCUUCUCCGUCGCCCGAACCUGGAGAAGGUUUCGUCAAAGCCCUUCCCCAAAGCACCACCCCCAGGACCGCCACCAGCAACACCGGCAGCUGCAGCACCGGUGGCAGCAGCAAGCAAAGGUGUGGCUGGUAAGGCUCAACCGAAACAGGUUCAAUUCCAAGGGCCAGAAAGGCCAGCUAUGGUUACGGAGGCAACUGUGCAACCAGUGGUUGACUCCAUCACUCGAUCUUCACCUUCCCCUGCGAAAGCCAAAGCUGCACACAGCACAGGGGUCAAGGCAGUGGCAAGAGUUACGUUCAAAGGCGCCGAUGCCCAAAGCGAUGCCAAAGGUGCAGUGGAAGGAGGUGAGGACGUGACGGCAGCACCUUCCGGAGCCUCGAGCUCUGCCAACGAGUCGAGGUCACAAGAGAUAGUGGUCCGGCCGCGCAACCAAGAGAAGCUAGGACUGCUUCAGUGCAAGGGCAGCCCAGGUGAGGUUGUCUUGAGAGCUUGGAAAGAAAGUUCAAUCCAAUUAUUGCCGAAAUUGUGGUCCUUCUCCUUGCCGGAGUCUGGCUUAGAUCCCAAAGUCGUCUCUGCAUGGCUGCAGGGUCACAUUUCCUGGGGUUUCUGCCUGGUCCACUUGGUCGAUGGACUUCUACGCAAGGGCUCCACGGAACGGGGCUGGAAGACCACUGAUGUGGCCAACGACUCGCGAAACAUGCCCGAAGUCACAGUUGAGCAGCUCAAUAGCCAGGGGCGUCAAGCUUUGGUGGAUCAUUUGAUGCUCAACGCCAAGCCGUGGUUGCUGGGAACGCUGGCAGGUGGCCUCGUGAACUUGCCAGGCUUUGAGAAGAGGGAAUUGGCGGAGUUCCUUCCGGCACCCAAAGUGUCUCCCGAGCAGGCAGUGGAGGAUGCUUUCCACUGGUUCUGCCAAGGAUUCCCAGAUCAGGAGCAAUCUGCGUUGCUGGUGCAGAGUCACCAGUCCCUGGUGCUGGCCAUCUCCUACCGACGGCUCCAGUUGAAGGCGCAUCCAGUGGUCAGCUCCAGCAAUGCCGCCAAGAUGGUGCAGGCGGCCGUCAAGAUGGAGACUCUCCGUGCGGCGGCCUCGAAGGACAUGCUCUAUGGCCAGGAGAAAGCCGAUUCACAUUUUACAAAGAGAAGCGAGCUCUCGGAUUGGGAUCUCUGGCGGCUCAUGGGCUUGAUGCAAAGCUGCAUGGAGCAGAGCAGUGAGCUUCGCAACCUAUUGGAGGCGGCCGGAUUUCUGGAACAGGACACCAAGGAACGGUUGAUGAGAUACAUGGUCUCCCUGGACAAGUCGCGUAACGAUUCCAGGGUGCUGAAGGAGAAAUACGCACUGGAAGCGCAGAGGCCACUUUCUGUGCAGAAAAGCGCAGGGAAAAAGAGUAUCCGAACAUUCUCCUCCUGUAAAUCCUCGAAUUUUGGGCUUGGCUCCUCGCAGGUUCAUGGUAAUCUAUAUGUGAAUCAGGUUUGGAAGGCUUGGGUUUUCACAAAUCCUUUAUCAAGUUCUCACCCUCUUGAUGUUUUGGCUCAAGUGCCUUGA